AUGAGAGAUGCCGAUGCGGAAAGAUCAAGAGCAGGUGAUGGAGCUGAGAUCGGGGCUCGCUUUGAUGAAGAACAAAAUUUACAAGAGCUACCAUACCAUUUAGCAGGAUGUUCUAAGUCUCCUCAGAUCAAAGGCGCUCCCGAUUAUGCUCAGAUCGAAGGCGCUCCUAAUUACCGUCAGGCUGGUUCACUACCUGUACACGGGGUUGCUAUCCCGACCUCUGCUGGGAUGAGAAACCUUCUUACGCACAUUGGAGCUCACAAGGAUGGGAAAAAAAUUAUUUGGAUUGGUCUCAGCUAUAACGAGCCGGUAGUAUACAUAAAUGGGCGACCAUUUGUUCUGCGUUCCGUGGAUAAGCCUUUCACCAAUCCUGAGUACACGGAAAUAGUAAACAACGAAAGGCUAGAGCAACAAGAAAUGAGCAUGAUUGAAUGCAUUCGCGAGGAAGCAUCUAAAUUUGAGAAUCUCCUUCUUGUAACGGAUGAAGUUGAGGGUCAAUUAGUGGACCAGUGGGAGACCAUAUCUACAGGUUCUUUGAAGACUCUGAAAGAAGUACAUGCUGAAGAAGGUUUGGUCGGUUUUGAAUGUUGCAGGAUAACGGAAGAGUCUUCACCAAGAACAAUGUAUUUUGAUACCUUGAUUCAGAAGAUUUCUCAGGCUGACAAUACUACCGAUAUAGUUUUCAAUUGUCAAACGGGACGUGGACAUACGACGAUGGGAAUGGUGGUUGCAACUCUCAUCUAUUUCAAACGCACUGGAGCAUUGGGGUCCCGAGAAAACGAGUCUGUUGGGGAAGGCAAAAGGCAAGUCGAUAAAGCCAUCGACCAUUGUGGAUCCGUGCAGAACUUACUAGAAGCGAUUCAAAUCUAUCGCACCAGUAUUUUAAAUCAAGUGGAUGAAAAGAAGAAAGAGGCAGCACACUCAUUUUUUGUUGAGUACUUGGAAAGAUAUCACUUGCUUAUAUGCUUUGCUGUAUACCUUCUUUCCCAAGAUGCUUCCCUCCAGCCUGGGUCGCGUGGCCAUGUAAGCUUUGCUGAUUGGAUGGAAGCUACAGAGCUCAACACCAUUCUUUCCAGGAGAGAUCCUCUGGGCGCCCUUGGAUAUGCACAGCCUUCUCUUAAGAUGAGGGGGGUCGCUGGACGUAGAAGUGGGACAGUUCUGCGAAGAGACACUGUUCUGAAGAGUGAUCUAAGUCCUUUUUGUCCCACUUUACCAACGUUAAAUCGUGAUGAAAAAGCACCGAACUAUAGAAGGGUUGGAGAAUUUCCUGUGUAUGGUGUUGGGAAUCCAACUAGUGAGGGUAUUCAAUCUGUGUAUAAAAGGGUGCGGAUGUUAAAUGGUACCAGGCCCAUCUUUUGGCUCAACCUGAGAGAAGAAACGGUUGUAUAUAUCAAUGGGGAACCGUACGUUGUACGUGACAUUGAAAGGCCAUACAAGAACAUGCGAGAAGAUAAGGGUAUCGAUGAAGUAGAAGAAAAAGAGGCAAUUCUCAAAGAGGAGGUUGUGAGAGAAAGUAGGCUCAAGGGUGGAAUCUACGUGAUGAAACUAGCAGAGGAUGGCAGUUUGUUUGAGUCCUGGGAAUCAGUAAAUGCUGAUUCCGUGAAAACUCCAAAGGAAGUGCACAAAACAGCAGUGGAUGCUAAUGGUUCUUAUGCUUAUGCUCGUGUACCUAUGGGAGAGCCAAAUCCCUCGGACUUUGACACAUUAGCAGCCCGCGUUUUUUCCACUCACAACGCUGCUUUUGUCUUCAAUGGCCAGAUUGGGAGAGGUAAAACAACAUUUGCAACUGUCAUUGCUUGUCUAGUUAAGGUGCGGAUGGAUUAUGGGAUACCAAUUAUGCUGGUAGAUGAUGAUAUUGGUAUCUACGGGAACGGGAAUCUGUUGUUGCAUGAAGAAACAAGAAAAGUAAUCACUAGACCAGGACUGCCUAUUAUAAGGUUCGAUGAUGGACACAGGAUCCUAUAUAGUUCAAGAUCCAAUGGAAUGGAUGACACACUUCUCCUGACCAAACUCACUGGAUUAUUCGACAAUGGAGUUGAAUCCCGGGAGGCUUUAGAUACAGUGAUAGAUACUUGUGGCUAUUUUCAAAAUAUUCGCGAAGCUGUGAUGCAGUAUGCACUGGUUUUCAACCAACAACAUCUUGAGCCAAGAGUAAGAAGUGCUGCAUUGGAACGAGGCACUGAAUACUUGGAGAGAUACUUGCUGUUGAUUGCCUUUGUAGAAUAUCUUGGAAGCAAAAAUCUUGAGUUGGGAAGUGAGUCUAGGAUGAAUUUUAAGGAUUGGUUGCAUCAGAGACCUGAGGUAGAAGCGAUGAGGGGGAGCAUACGGUUAAGGCCUGGACGGUUUCUUACCAUGCAUGAGGAAUUGCGGGCACAACAAGAGAAUGCAGUCAUGGAGUCAAGUAAAAGAGAGGCAUUACCUUCACCUGUAGAGGCAAUCCAAGGAGCACAUUUUCAACUCAGGGCAAAGAUUGAUCCGAUCAAAAAUUUAUCUCAAGAUAUGAUGUACGAGACUGUGAGCAGACUUUCUGCAAAAGAUGUGGCACUCACUGCCUCUGUCUCAAAGCAUUACUACGAUCUCUGUGCACAAAUGAAUAUCAUGCAGGAUGUUGAGCUUGAGGGAGGUGAAAAUAUGAGAGCUUGUGCAUCAGAAAUCUGUGCUCUGCCAAAGGAAACAAGGGUGAGAAGAUUCUCUGUCAAUUGUUCAGAUGGAGAGGACUUUGUCCUGGUGAACAAGUGCCUUUGUCAUGUGUUGAAGCUGGGAGUGAUGGAGAUUCGGCUCGUUUGCGGUAAAGAAUACACUUUACCGAUGGAGCUUUUCAGAAGUGAUACCCUAACCACUCUAAAUAUGGGCAAGGGCUUUGUGGUUGAAUUCGUUCCAGAAGAUGCCUGGUUACCUACUCUAGAAUCCAUUACCAUGGACUCGCUGCGGUUUUUGGGUGAUAACAACAGUUGCGUUUUCCAGAAAUUGCUAUCUGCUUGCCCAGUCUUGGAGGAGCUGACAAUUAAUGGCAUGGCUUGGGAGACUUGGAUCUGGUCUGGAAAGAUUGCAUCUAAGAGUCUUCAGAGACUAUGUAUCCAGCGUGUUUUCCCAGUUGAGGUCGAAGGAUUUGCCUCACAUGAUCAGAGGAUUGUCUUUGAUACCCCUGGACUUUCACAACUGUACUAUGCAGAUCUGGUUGCUCAUGAAUACCAGGCGAAUUUCGGUUCCCUUGAAGAUGUAACUCUCAAGCUGCAGCUCGUCUUUAACCUUGAAGAAAUGUUUGGGAAUCCCAAUCUACCUUAUCUUCACUUGUCAAGCAAUGCUAGGGGACUUUUGAGAGCAUUCAAGGGGAUAAAAAAACUGUGCCUCUCUGAUACAGCGACUUUCCAAAGUUUGGUGCUGUUUAAAAGAUCGCUAGUACUAAAUAAUCUCGAGGAUUUGGAAAUCAUCGUCGAUGAUGUUGAUGAUGAAGAAGUAAGUGACUUGAAGAACGAGCUCAGUCUUUUGCUGGAAAAGGCGCCCAAAGUGGAGACCCUGUCUCUCUCUGGUAUCAUUUAUCCUGUGGUUGAGGACAAGUCUCUAGCUGUAACGAUUUGA